UAAUGAUGAGGAACCAUCACAACCCUCAGCUCUGUGCAGGGCAGGGCUGGGGGCUGGAGAGCAGGGACUGGCGGGCACAGGGGCUGGUGGUGGUGCAGGAGCAGGGAGUGAGGGCUGCAGUCAGAACCCCCCUUCCUCUGCUGGGGACCAUCAUGACCUCUGUGAAGUCUGUAUUUUUUCGGGGUGCCAGAGUGAUGUUUUGGGAAGGGUUGAUGGUAGCAGGUGCCUGGCUGUGUUCUCUGAAGUGCCCUGUGACCCUGCCCAUCGCACACGCUGCCUGUGGGUGCAGCUGCAGCGCCUGCUCCAGGACAUGGCAGCACAAACCAGUGACAGGGGCUGGGCUCCAGUUCUUCACACUGACCUCAGCAAGGGGUGGCCUUCAGAGCCAGAGCUGUGAGUGUCUCUCUCCUGAUGGAGCCAAGUAUUUUUAUACCUCACUUCCUCGGAGCUUGUCUCUUUGCAUUACUGCCAGGAAAAGAUACGGCAGAAAGAUCAGAGCAGCCAGGAGAAGGAGGGGGCAGGUCACUCCCAAUUUGCAGCUUUGCUUUCAGGCUUCUCAACUCAAUUAUUCAGCAAAUUGGGCUCCGAGGAAAAGCAGCACGAGCUCUUCCAUCAGGUAACAGAGCAGGGCACAGAUGAGCUCUGCCCUGCAGCUGCCACGUCGCUGAUGCUGGAGCUCUCUGCAGAAGUUCCCAGCUGUGCUGGGGUUCUCCUGCUGUGUCUGUCUGCAGGGUUUCCUGCCUCUUCUGGGGGUGCCCAGCCCAGGCUCAGCCCCACUGCCAUGCUGCUGUCAGUGUUUCUCCUUGCUGCCACUCUGUGUCUGUAGCCAAGAGUGGGAGCGUGCAGGGGGACAGGGCUAGUCAUGCCCCGAGCCAGGUACCAAAACAUGAGGGUGAAGGCAUGGCAGGACUUGGGGUGUUCUCUUCAGCUGUCACUUUGUUUGUCCUGAAGCAGGUGAAUCCCUAUGGAAACGUUCCCUGGUGCCUGUGUGUGCUUCACUGCAUCUCACAUGAAAACACAGCAGCAAAGCCCACCUGAACUCAGUUUGCUUCUGUGUAGCAUCUUUUGUUUGCAAGUCUGGGGAUAGUCUGAGGACUUCCAGAGGGAAAUCACGGGCAAACAAGGAGGUCAGCCAUUCAAGCUGGACCCCAAGAUGGCUCACAAGAAGCUGAAGAUCUCCAAUGACGGGCUGCAGAUGGAGAAGGACGAGAGCUCCUUGAAGAAGAGCCACACGCCGGAGAGGUUCAGCGGCACGGGCUGCUACGGCGCCGCCGGCAACGUCUUCAUCGACAGCGGCUGCCACUACUGGGAGGUGGUGGUGGGAUCCUCCACCUGGUAUGCCAUCGGCGUGGCGUACAAGUCAGCCCCCAAAAACGAGUGGAUCGGGAAAAACUCCUCUUCUUGGGUCUUCUCCCGCUGCAACAACAACUUUGUGGUGCGGCACAACAACAAGGAGAUGCUGGUGGAGGUGCACCCGCAGAUGAAGCGCCUCGGUGUGCUCCUGGACUACGACAACAACGCGCUCUCCUUCUACGACCCAGCCAACUCCCUCCACCUGCACACCUUCGAAGUCUCCUUCAUCCUGCCCGUGUGCCCCACCUUCACCAUCUGGAACAAAUCCCUGAUGAUCCUGUCGGGGCUGCCCGCCCCGGAUUUCAUCGAUUACCCCGAGCAGCAGGAGUGUAACUGCCGGCCGCAGGAGUCCCCGUACGUGUCAGGAAUGAAAGGCUGUCACUAGGCUGCCAGGCCCGCCGUGCCCCGUGCAGCGCUGGCAGCCGUGCUGGAACGCCUCUGGCGAGCUCCACACCCAGCUCCACCCUAUUUUCAUGGAAAAGUGGAGGAACCUGGAGGCACAGCUGGAAAGGAACUGCUGUUGGUGAGCUCCGGAGUGCGCAAGAGCGGCUGGAGCGGCUCUCCGGCAUCUGUCCCCAAGAGGAUUGUCACCUGCAGGGUUCUGUCUUCCCUCGGGGGCUGGAAGGGCCAGGGCAGCUUUCAGGGUGACGUGGGGUGGUCAGGGAAUGGCAGGCUGGGCAGCAGGGAUGGGCUCUGGAGCCCUCUGACAGCUGCUGUGAGGACGCAGAGCAUGAGCAGCACUGUCCAGGCAGGACUUUGCGUGUGGCUGAGGCUCGGUGCCCUCCCUGCUGGGGUGGAUAAGGCUCGGAGCCCUCGGGCUCGCUCAGCCCUGGCAGUGGAUGUGUGCUGGUCCCUGGAGGGAGGGUGGUGCUGGUCUGUGAGUGCAGGUGGCACUGAGGGUGCUGCCCGUGGCUGGCUGUGCUGCAGGUGGGAUGCUCCUGACGCAUUUCUGGGGUCCUGCAGUGGAGAGCCACGGACCCCCAGCCCACCAUCCCCUCCUUGGAGAGCUCCCAGUAACUGGGGAGGCCUGCAUCCUUGAGGAGCUUUGGCCCCUGGCACAGAGGUUUGGCAGCUGCUCCUCCCUGAUGGGGUCUGGCCGGCAGUGCCCUGCUCCACACAGGUCUCCAUCAGUGUUCUGUCUGGUGUCCCAGCAGCAAAAACUCACCUUCCUACUCUGAACCCGCACUGGAGUCCUGCUCAAAGACCACCUCUAUGCUCUAUGACCCAAAAUCUCAAUUCAUGACCCCAAAUGUUGACUUCUGGUUUGUUCUCCAUCAUGCCAGGGGGUUGAGCUGGAUGCAUUUUAAAGAUCCCCUCCAGCUCACACUAUUCCAUGAUUCUGUGGUGGUGUGAGUGUGGAACCAUCCUGUUUACUCUGUGGCCGAGGACUGAGCCUGUCCCUGAGGCUCAGGGUUGAAUUCAUCUGGAGCCAGUUCAGAAUUCCUCUGGAGGAAUUCCCAGUGCCCCAGCCAGGGGGGUGUGUGUGGGUGACUGCUGGUGACAGCUUUGCCCAGGAGGAGAGUCCAGGCGAGCCCAUUCCUCAGCACACGUCUCUCCUGUGUGGGGUUUUGGAAAAGGGAGGUGGGCAGCAGCUCAGGAAAAGGAUCUGCUGCCAGCCCUGCCCAGCUGAGAGGGGUUUCCCCUGGUACAGGCUGCUGUCCCGUGGUGCCUGCAGGGCAGACAAGGGGUGCAGCUCUCCUCCAGAGUCCUGCUGAGCACAGGGGCAGCUGCGCUUGCUUCUCCCAGCCCCGGCUGCAGGAGCUCGGGGAGGCUGCAGUGGGGUGUGUCUGCUGUCCCCACAGCCUGGCACGGCCCCCCUCACUCUGGGAGGUGAAAGCACCCUUUGGAGAUGGAUGUUUUUGUCAGGAAGGUCCCUGGGGCUGCUCAUGCUGUGCCGUGGGGACACCAGGCACUGGAGGUGGAUGUUGGCCCUGGGAGCGCUCGGCAUCCUCGGCUCAGAGCCCUUAAGGUGACAUUUGCACCUGAUGAAAUUGCACUAAUUGUGGGACCCCCUGGCCCCCACACGUGGCUGGGGGAGCCCCACACCCCGAGCAGGGGCUGGGGGCCUUUCCCAGGCACCCACACUGUGGUACGGAAAGCAGAGCCCACCCAGUUGUCACCGAGAUUUGGGGAGCAGCAGCCCCGUCCCUGGGCCCUGCUCAGGACGUGGAGGGGGGCUCAGGUGCUGGUUCCUCUGCUCCUGGUGACACCAGUGUCCAGCUUCGGGAUGUGUGCACUCCUGGCUCCCC